AUGAAAUUAUUGAUAACUCUUUUAAUCAAUCUACUUGUACCAUCAUUGUAAUAGUGCGGUAUAUGAUUUGUAUCAAAUAUAGUUACUGUUCAAGAAAAUGUUACAUAUUACACAAGUUUGGGGGAGGUUUAUAGAUGGCAAGCAGAUUCAUUAAUAAAAGGAAGCGGAUUAAAUUAUACUUUAACAUAAUCAAGCUUCAUGCAGUAUCAUCCGGCUUUUGCUUAAAUUGCUCCAGAAAAAGAUCAUCAAGGAGGUAAUAAUAUCAUAGGUAAUAAAUAGUAUAAAGUGUUGUUUAUGCAUUGAGAGCUUACGACAUUGCUAGUACAGGAGCAUGGUCAAAUCACUUUGCUUACUUAGAAAUGGAUUCUAAUAAAAAGCAAUAUGACAUAUAUUAUGCAAUUGGGUAAAAAUAAAUGUUAAAAAUUUAGAUCUGAAAUAGAAAUGGACUAAACUCCAUAAUUUGAAAGAAAGGUUGCAUUUACAAAGAGUGAAUAAUUAAUAGAUUGCUUUGAUUUAGAAUAUAUUAAUCCAGAAUUAUGGUUAGUUGACUGUGCGGAGAUAAGUAGCAUAAAAGAUUAACCAAUGAAAAAUUAUUUGUAUUUAGUGACAAAGAAUGAUACUUCUGACACAGUAGUCAGGUAGGAAGUUCCUAAUCAUUAAAAAUAUAAAUCAAUCAAAGGACGUAAGUUCUAAUAUCAUGUAUAUUUUAAAACAAAUAUGGGCGAAGAAAAUGGGUCAGAAGCUCCUUAACCUAAGCAGCCAAUUAGAAUGUUACUAAGGGGACAAUAGGCUUUUAAUUCGGAGACUGGAAAUUCUACUGUUCUAGAUAGUGAUUGUUCAAUAGAUUUAUUAAUUAAAACUGAUGAUGGCACCAUAAAAGACACUGGAAAUAUUUUGAACAAAACAAGAAUCAGUGCUGAUACAUAAAAAACUGUCAAUUUUACAUUAAUAGACUUUAAGAUCAUGCCUAAUGGUCGAGUCUAUAUUUUAGAUUAAACUGAAGGAAUAUAUGUAUAUAAAGUAACUGAAGAGGGUGAUUGGAAAUAUGUUUAAACAUUAUCAUAUAAUGGAAAGGUUAAAGCUUAUGCCUUUGAUGUAAAUAAUAGAUUACUUGAGGAUGGAAAUUCUGAGUUGCAUAUAGCAAUAUUAUAUGAAUCAAAUUUAAUGACUUUUCUUAAUGAUAGAAUUGAAAGAGGAUUUAGAUUAUCAUUUUAAGCUACUUAUCCAGCAUAAGUUUCUUUAAGUUAAUAAUAUGCAGUGAUAGUGCAUUAGUAGACUCUAUAUCUCUAUAACACUGAAAAAAAUUAUUUAUUACAUAAAGAAAUGUUGAUUUCUUAAAAUUACAUAGUAAAUCCAUAUGCACCAGAUCUUGUGGUUGUUUCUGAAACCAUAUCCCGAAGAUAUGAAUUAAGUGAUGGAUAUUUAGAAUGCUAGAAUACUAAUCUUAUAGAAAAAAACACACUUAAAUUAGUAGCAAAUGAUGGAAGUUCAACUUGUUAAUCAAUUAUCAAUUUUUAAAUUUUACAAUAAGAGAAUGCUAAAGUAUUAGAAUUAGGUCAUAAUCCUUUUCCAUCUAUGAUAACUUAUCCUGCUUUACCUUUUAGUUUACAAGACUUAGCCUCGGGACCAAAUCUUGAUUAUGUUACACCAGAUAUAGAUCACGUUGAUGUUGAAGUUACAGUACAUUUCUUAUGGGAAUUAGAAGUUAAAGAUAUCCAUUGGUUUGAUGCUUAGAGUGUAGUCUAUUCUGAUGUUCUUGUUGAUCCACAUCAUACAGAUUCUAAUAAAUUUUAUUUGUUUUUAUAACACAAAAAUUAGACAGCCAUAAUUUGGGAUUGCUCUACAGUUAAUUAUAAUGAUAACCAUUGCACAUGUGAAAAAUAAGAUGAAUUCUAAUUGCCAAUUGUAUUAAAUAGAUUUAACUCUCAAUUUGAUUGGUUUACAUUUGAAAAAGAAGCAUUAAACUUUUAAUUUUUAGUUAAUGAUUAUGAGAUCUAAAUCUAUUAAUCAUAUGAUUAAAGUCAUAUAAAAAUAGCAAAUAUAACUUAUGAAGAAAAACCUGAAAAUAAAAUUGCAUCAUUUACAGCUUUAAAAAAAAAUAUUUUUGUUGUUUUACAUAACAAAAAGGAAAUAGAUGUUAUUUCUGGAUUAUUUCCAACCAUUUAAAAAUAUCCAAUAGAUGAAGAUUUAAUUAAUAGUUAUAAUCUUAAUUGCACAUUUACUCCAUUAAGAGUCUAUGGAAAUGUUUAUAUCAAAAGUGAAUUUAUAUUCAUUUUAACUGAAGAUUGUGUCAUCUUAGGUGAUCAAAGAUAUCAUUUCACAUUAAUUGAUGCAUUCUAAUAUAAACGAGGUUCAUAAAUUGAAUUAGCAAUUGGAUAAAAAACUUUUUUCAUUAUUACAUCCUUAGAAGGGGAAGAUUCAAUAAAAGAGUAUAAUUAUGAAAACCUCAAUGACAUUUAUUUAAUGAAAACUUUACCUCUUUAUAAUAGAUAUAGAUUACAAUUACCAUUGACAAUUGACUUUGUAUAUGAAACAGGAUUCUUGUUUAUUAGAGCCUUUGAUAAGAUUUUAAAUGAGACAGUAUUUUUAAUUUAUGAAUCUAAUAUACUCUAUAGGAAUUCUUUACAUAAGGUCUUAAAAACCCAUUUAAAUAUUCCAGAUUCUUAGGUAGUUGAAACUGCUGCUUCAGGUUUUGAUUAAAUGUUUGUUUAUUUUAAUGAUUUAAAAACAUAACAUAUAGUUGUGGUUUUAAGAGAUUCACUAAUGGAAAUAAAGCCUACUCAUCUUAGUGAAGCUUAUACAACAAAAUUAAAUGCUGGAGUAAUGAUACAAAAUUCAUUAUCUGAUUCUAAAGUUGGAGUAGUCUAUCCAGUUAAAUUCAUUAAUACUUAAUCAAUAGUAAGACUUAAUCAAACCAUACUUAAAAAGAAUCGUUAUGAAUUUGAUGCAAUAAAUACUCUUCAAUACAUAAAUUUAGAAAAUAAUGGAUGGUAUUAAGGAUAGGUUACUAACUUCAAAAUAGAUUGUUUGUAAUGUUCAAAAGGAACAAUAGAAAUUAAGAAUCCUUUUGAAGCAGCUAGUAAUGGUAGUGAGUUUGCUAGUCAUGAAAUAAUAGAUGGAGCAAAAUUUAAAGAUUCAAUAGUUUAUUUAUCAUCUCCUAAAUCAUUAAUAUUCUAAAACGAAAAUGAUUCAAUCAAGUUCAUAUAAAAAAUUGAUAUUGGAUCAUCUUGUUCUCAAAUUACAACUUAUAAUGAUUAUAUUUUAGUAUCUUGCAUAGAUAAUUAAUCAUAAUUUGUACUUUAUGUAGCAAGUUGUGAUAUGUAAUAAUAGAAAUGUAAUCCUAUAUAAUCAUCUAGUUCAAGUUAAUUGAAUCUUCAAAAGGUUUCUAAAAUGAAAUAUGUAAAUUCAGUAUUGUAUCUUCUUGAUUCAAACUAAGCUAAUCCUAAAGAAUAUUAAGGAAGUCUUCAUGCUUAUUUAAUGUAAUUAGAUACCCAAUGGAGUCUAAAAAAUGAAAAGAUUUUUGAUGCUCAAUAUUUUGGAUUGAAAUCUGAUUCAGAUUUCUAUAUUUCAGAUUUUGAUAUUGCAUAAUUCUAAUAAGGCAAUACUUAAUAUUAAAAGAUUCUUCUUUAGACAACUGGAUAAAUAACCUAUUUCGUUCAAUUAUAUUAAGAUAAUGGACUAUUAAAAGAUAAUCACAAAGAUUCAUUCUCAUUGACAAAUGCUUUGAAUGCAGAUUUUGCUGUUAAGACUAAUACUAAAUUCUAUUAAAUUAGAGUGCUAUCCAUAUCUGUUCAAACUAAUUUACUCAAUAUAACUACCCUGAUAACAACUAAUAAUGUAGCUUAAUAUGGAGUAACAUUUUCUUAUGACAUUUCAAAUCCUCUUAAUUAAGGUUCACCUGUUAAAAAUACUAUUACGAUUCCUUUCAUUCUUAAUUCAUAUGGAGUAUAUUAGGCAAUAAAUAAAUUAUCUGUUAAUUAAGAAUAUGCUGUAGUUCCCUAUACAAACUAUAGUCAUUUACUUGUAAGUGUUUACAAAUUACCUUAAUUAAAUGCAGAUACAACUACAAAGGUAAUCACAAUGAAUGGAGCCAUUUUAGAAACUCUAGAGAAUGCUUCUAGAAUGUUUGCUAUGAUAUUGCAAUAAGAUCCUAUUUCUAAGAAUGUAAUAUUUUCUUUUUAUUUUAGGCUGCUGUGUAUUAAAAUAUUUAUAAAUCUGAAACAACUCAAAAUUAUGUAUUAAUUAAAUAUACAAUAAAUGAUUAUGCAAGAUUAGCCAUUUCAAAUGGAAUUACUAUAAGAUCCUAAUAAGUAUAUUUGAAAUUAGGAAAUGAUUAUAGUUCUGCAGAUGGGUUUUUAGAAAUAAUUAAUAAAUCAGUACCACCUACACCAGAUGAUGAUGAUAAAAAAAGGUUUAUAUAUGAUAAUAUUUAUUAUAGUUCUCUACUUUGGCUUUGGAUACUUUUAAUUGUAAUAGCAUCCUUAGCAUUAAUAGGUGGUAUUGGAUAUAUUGUAUAUAUCAAAUUUGUUAAAAAACCUCCAUUAGUAACAGAUAGCGCUAAAGUUUCCUUAAUGCAAUAGUGAA